AUGGCGGCGGCGGCGGCCCGGGGGAGUGGCCGCGCAUCUGCGGCGCGGCUGCCUCUGCUCCUGCUGCUCGCGCUGCUCUGGGCCCCGAGCGGCGGCCGCGCAGCCCCCGACGGAGACCUCAGCCACCGGAACAAGGAACCGCCGGCGCCCGCCCAGCAGCUGCAGCCGCAGCCCGCGGCGGCGCAGGGCCCCGAGCCCGCCCGGGCCGAGAAAGGAUUUACACCAGCUGCCCCGGUUCAUAGCAAUAAAGAAGAUCCAGCUACCCAAACGAAUUUGGGAUUUAUCCAUGCAUUUGUCGCUGCUAUAUCAGUUAUCAUUGUAUCUGAACUGGGUGAUAAGACAUUUUUUAUAGCAGCCAUCAUGGCAAUGCGCUAUAACCGUCUGACUGUGUUGGCUGGGGCCAUGCUUGCCUUGGGCCUAAUGACGUGCUUAUCAGUUUUGUUCGGCUAUGCCACCACAGUCAUCCCCAGGGUGUAUACAUACUAUGUUUCAACCGCAUUAUUUGCCAUUUUUGGCAUUAGAAUGCUUCGAGAAGGCUUGAAGAUGAGUCCAGAUGAAGGUCAAGAGGAACUGGAAGAAGUUCAAGCGGAGUUAAAGAAAAAAGAUGAAGAAUUUCAACGAACCAAACUCUUAAAUGGACCAGGCGAUGUUGAAACGGGUGCCAGCACAGCGAUACCUCAGAAAAGAUGGCUGCAUUUUAUCUCCCCCAUCUUUGUCCAAGCUCUUACAUUAACGUUCUUAGCAGAAUGGGGUGAUCGCUCACAACUAACUACGAUUGUUUUGGCAGCUAGAGAGGACCCAUAUGGCGUAGCAGUGGGUGGCACGGUGGGCCACUGCUUAUGUACUGGAUUGGCAGUGAUCGGAGGAAGAAUGAUCGCACAAAAAAUCUCUGUCAGGACUGUGACAAUCAUAGGAGGCAUCGUAUUUUUGGCAUUUGCAUUUUCUGCACUGUUUAUAAGUCCCGAUUCUGGUUUUUAACAAGCCGUUUGUUCAUUUGUAUUUCGUUUAAGAUAGGUAACUCUUAUGUUUAUGUACAUAGUGUACAUUAUAACUAAAAGUGACAGAAAAGACUGUAUUUUGUAGCAUUGAUUUGUGAGUUUGACCUAUUUAAAUGAAAGUAUUAUGUCAAAAAAAAAUCAUUGAUUCUAUUUGCAACAUGGAUUUUUAAAAGAAACCUGACCUCUAAGUGUGGAUUUUUUUCUUCAGUACAAUUAUGUUAAUAAUAUGGUCACUUUCUCUUUUAGUGUUUGUGGGUUUUUAGGUGGGAGACGGUACACACAGAACCACUGUGCAAUGAGGUCUACCCUUGGUUUUCUUUCAGCACUGACCAUAUUUUCUCCUGGAUCACUGAGGUGUUUUAUGAUAUUUGCCUUAAACUUUUCCUUGGGAGGAAUGAAUUUUAGCUUUUAAAAUACUUCCUUACGGGCAGCCCCGGUGGCUUAGCGCCGCCUUUAGCUCAGGGCCUGAUCCUGGAGACCCGGGAUCGAGUCCCACAUCGGGCUCCCUGCAUGGAGCCUGCUUCUCCCUCUGUGUCUUUGCCUCUCUCUCUGUGUCUCUUAUGAAUAAAUAAAAUCUUAAAAAAAAAAAAAAAACUUCCUUAAGCCAGAAAGCAGUGUAAUCACAAGCCUUUUAAAAAUUACUUUUUUUCUUUUUUAAGGUAACGUAUUACUGUAACAGGAUGAGAAUUGUUUCCCAGGUCUGUUCUCCCUUUUUUUUUUUCUUUAAAUUGGGUGACAAACCCAAUAUGAAAACAGUCAAUAUUUGACCAUGUGGAAUUACUAAAUUACAAGAGAAUACUAUGAGUGUAUUCAUAUUUUUUCUAUAUUGAAUAAACAAUGUAACAUAGAUACAGUGUAAAUAAAAGCCGUAUGACCAGA